AUGCAAGAAGAAAAUCGACAAUUAUUAUCAAGGUUAGCUGACCUUGAAAAUGAAAAGACGACUAGUAAUAGCGAAAACGAAGAUGAUGAUUAUAGUAAACGUUUACGUGGUUUAAAUAGAUCACAGUCACGAUCUAGAUCACGUAGCAGUAAUAAAUACAAAUAUUCACAAAGUAAUACUGGUACAUUAAGUAGUAAACAUGCAUCUAGUGUAUUUUCAGCAUCAACAUCAGUAAAUGGAACCAUUUAUACGGACAUCACAAACUAUUCAUUUGAUUUUGAGGAGAUAAAUUCAGAGAUGGCAGAUAAUAAUUGGGAGGUUAUUGACGAAAGGGCCGAAUCACAAAAUAAACAUCUUUAUUUAUCCAAAAUUAAGAAUUCCGUAGAAGAAUUUGAUACACGGGAUGUAUUUAAUAUGAAACAAAUUAAUUCUGGUGCAUUGGGUAAAAUUUAUAAAUGCACACAUCGAAAAACACAACAAAUAUUUGCGAUGAAAUCAAUAACUUUAUCCUCUUCAAAGCUUCUCAAUGUAACAUACUCGGAAAUCAUGGCUUGUCGUCGAUUACGUCACCCAAACAUAAUACAAAAUUUUAAACAAUAUAUUUACGAGGAUUACUCUUCAACAAUUGAUUAUAAUGCCGAAUUACCUAAUUACGUAUUAUGUUUAUUAAUGGAACAUUGUGAACCGGGUUCUUUAUGGGAUGUAAGACAUAAACGACCAUCAAAAAGGUUAACUGAACAAGAAAUUGCUUUUGUAUGUAGAGAAGUUUUAAAAGGUUUAGAAUACAUUCAUUCAAUGGGAAUAAUCCAUAGAGAUAUUAAAGCUCAAAAUAUUUUAGUAACAAAUAAUGGUACAAUUAAGAUAGCUGAUUUUGGUUCUUCCUCUUUACAUUCAAGAGCUUCAUUAAAACUUGGUACUUUAUAUUGGAUGGCACCUGAAGUAUUACGUAAUCAAAUUUAUAAUAGCAAAGUUGAUAUAUGGUCUUUAGGUAUUAUGGCAAUAGAAUUAAUCGAUGGACGUCCUCCUUGGUUUCCAUUAGGUCAAAGAAAGGUUGUCGAAUUAAUAAGAACGGUAGGAAUUCCUCCACUUCCUUCAAAUAUAUCUUUGGAUUUUGAAAAUUUUUUGAGGGAUUGUCUUAAAGUAAAUCCCGAUGAAAGGCCAUCCGCUACUGAUUUAUUAACCCAUCAUUUUUUAAGAGAAUUCUCUUCUAAUAUUGAAAAUUUUCAUUUGUAA